UCCCCUCUGACCCCUCCUAUAGUCUGCACUGGGUCUGACACACAUCCCAGGGUCUAAGCAGAAGCCAUGAUCUCAGUGCUGCUCCCUCUCUGCCUUCUCCUACGUCUCAUCCCCCCAGGUUACACUUUAAAAUGCAUUGAAUGCUUCAACAACACGGCGCCGCAGUGCACAGGACCAACAAAGGAUUGUGAUGUCGGCCUCUGUAUGUCCGGGCUUAUCUCAUUCGGAGAUUACACCCUAUUUGGCCGAUCAUGCGCACCCAGCGAGUCCACGUGUGGAAUAUCCGGGAGUGUCACCUCUACGGGACGGGCUAUGCUGUCCACGUCCUGCUGUAAAACCAAUGGCUGUACGCCGGAUCCGCUGAAAUUGCCGCCCCUCAUCGCGCUGAAGAACGGCGUGACCUGCCAGACGUGCGCUUCAACUCAAGACCAGUGUCCUAUUGAAUGCACGGGAGACGAGAAGAACUGCGCCAGCGUGGAGCUAACCUCGUUGAGACCCGGUCUUGGUGCUAAACUCCGAGGCUGUGCGACGGAUUCAGUCUGCGCUUUUGGAAACCAUACAUUUGACGUAGCCGGCAUGGUGAUGAAUCUGGGCAUUGUCUGCAGCAGCGCCUCCGCUGUUGUCCUCCAGUACUGCUCCCUCUUUCCGACCUUGGGAUUUGCCAUAUUCAUGACAAAACUUUUCCUCUAAGAAGCACGUCCACAUUCUGCGCGGGAACCAAUCGCUGGGAAUAUGAUCAUUGUCCUGUGCCCAGAUUAACCCUUUCAUAUUGGGGGACCUAUAAGAUACCUAGCACCGAGUAAAUGGUGUUGGCCCCUAUUAAGACAAUGGAAGAUUCUGAGCACUGUUGGUCACUCAGAUGCUCCAGGAAUGGACCAUCUUCUUCCGGGUGUGCACACUGAUAAGAUGCACCUUUUUUUUGGAUGAAAUUUUAGCAUUAUAUGUGCCCAUUUUACUGAUUUGUUACCCACUUCCUACGCUAUCCUAUAUUACUGAAAUUCAUUUUAAU